ACAGGGCGUGUUCACUGCGUUCACUCUGCACACAGACCUCGACACACAACGCACUCUUGUGCACUUAACUUUUCACAUAUGGAAGUGGCAGAGGCUCUCAAGUAAGGUUUCACUGUGUGAAAGCUGUGCUGCACUUCCAUAAUAUCCUGUUUGCCAAACUCACAAGGAGGAUCGCUUUGCGCAUGCGUUAAUAACUUUGAGGGAUGGAGGAGGAGCAGGUUGACUCUUCUCUUGACUUUAGCCACCUGACAGAAGCGGAGCAGUCCGCCAUCCUGCAGGUCUUACAGCGGGACUUGGAUUUGCGUCAUCUUGAUGAAGGACGUGUAAGGAUCCUCCAGGAGACCGAGACAGAUCCAGCACGUUUGCGCGUCCUGUCAGGAUCAUGGUUCGACGACGAGCGCAGCAAACGCCAUCACAACCAGACGCCGGGCAGCACGCUCGUCCACGCCACCAUGCGCCGCAGGAAGACAAAGAAGAGAGAAACAGAUGUGCCCCUGACUGGACUAUUCGAUAUAGAGAGAGAGGAAACCUCCAACAGCAGUAACAGUUAUCCUGAAGCAGAGAGCAGACUGAAGGACAGCAAAGACGAGGAGAGUGAAGGUGUUAAACCUGUACCCACACCCAGAAACAGUCCCAUGGUACAGGGUCUCCAGCAUAUAAAUAGUUUCUCUUCAUCCAAAGAGGACGAAAGAGGAAGUAAUGGCCAAUCGGAGGAAGCUGAGGCAGACUUCAACGGGGACACCGAGUCUCUGAGCAGCUGCAUGACAGAACAAGCGUCUCUGAAAUUCAGCAGCUCCACCGGCAGCCUUCAAUCGGGCUACACGCUCAGUGGAAGCAUGAUGAGUCUGUUCAGCUCAGGCGAUUUUGGGAUGGUGGAGGUGAGGGGCCGAAUCCAAUUCUCAUUGGUUUACGACACCCAGAAGGAGGAGCUGCACGUCAAAGUCUUUCGCUGUGAGGAAAUUGCUUCAGUACGCAAGGAUCGCUCUGACCCAUACGUUAAAACCUACCUCUUGCCGGACAAGUCAAAUCGCAGUAAGAAGAAAACCGCAGUGAAGAAGAAGACACUAAACCCAGUCUAUGAUCAGACGUUCCGAUAUAAAGUGCGGGUUGGAGAGCUGCGGAGCCGGACCUUGAAUCUGUCCGUGUGGCACGCUGUGCCCCUGAGCAGAAACGUGUUCCUGGGGGAGGUGGAGGUGUCUCUGGCCCUCUGGGACUGGACAUGCUCUUGGCCACUGUGGCAGGACCUGCAGCCACGGAUUCAUUUGAAUCCAGACUCCAUUAGCAGCCGUGGGCUCAUCUUGCUCUCUAUGAAGUUCGUCCCAGACGGAUUUGAGGGUGGUGGACUGCCUCUGACAGGAGAGCUUCACAUCUGGCUUCGGGAAGCUCAAAGCCUCCUGGCCAACAAAGGGGGGGCGAUAGACUCCUUUGUCAAAAGCUAUAUACUCCCAGAUGCCAGUCGGCAAAGUGGCCAGAAGACACGGGUGGUGAAGCGCUCCAUCAGCCCUACCUACAACCACACCAUGGUCUAUGAUGGCUUCCACUCCAGCGACCUGAGAGAGGCAUGCGCUGAGCUGACUGUCUGGCAGCGCGAGGGCUUAAAGUCACACGUCCUAGGAGGGAUUCGUCUGAGCUGUGGAACUGGUCAGAGUUAUGGGGAGGCUGUCAGCUGGAUGGACUCCACAGAAGAGGAGGUCACUUUGUGGACCUCCAUGAUCGAAAACCCAAACCACUGGGUUGACGCAACACUAUCAAUCAGAACUAACCUUGCACAGCGGUCUGAGUGACUAAAAAACCCACCUUGCACACAAACACACUAAUCGUUGGACUGAAAGGACACCCUCAACACAUCAGCACAUUUAACCUCUUUGUCAACUUUUUCUGUUUUUCAUAUACAUAAUACACACAAACAGAAGUAGGAGUGGUGCAGUAUAAUGCUGUUGAUCAGAAUUGUUUUAUGUUUCAUUUGUAUGUUUUGUGGUUGUCUUGACAAAGGUGUUGUAAUCCAUUGUAGUUUAUCAAUAAAAUAUAAAACCUGAA